GGUGCAGCACGCGGCCGGUCGCAGUUUACGGUCCGUCCGGUGCGCGCGGAGCCCCGUUUACCGGAGGUUUACCGGCGAUUUACCGGCAGGAUGAAGCUCCGGAGGGAUGACGGGAGAUGCUGAAGCAGCGCCGGGCUUCUGCUCCGCCGGCCUCCCGAACCUCCUCCCGAACCUCCUCCCGGACCUCCGGGACCUCCAGUCCCUCCCCUGCUGCUUUGUCUUCCCGUGGCCCGCAGACAGCGACCGAGAGCCAUCUGGUGUUCCAGAGUUGGACUGCAGCCACCAGCAGCAGGUCCAGACCAUGAGUCUGUAUGGUUCUGGUACCGGUUCUGGUACCAGUGCCAGUUCUGGUACCGGUGCCGUGGGCGGGGCCAGAGAACGAGGAGGAGGAGGAGGAGGAGCCGAACAUUACCGGGAACAACGACGGCGCUCCAGCGAUCGAUCACGUGACUCCUCCCAUGAGAGAUCGGAGGGUCAGCUGACGCCCUGCAUCAGGAACGUGACGUCUCCGACCCGACAGCAUGAUCGUGAGCGUGGUGACGGAGGUUCCUCCUCCAGGUCUUCCAGUCCUCGUCCUCCCAGAGGUUCUCUUCCUUACGCCCCAGUAGGAGGAGCUCUGAUCGGGGGACAUGUCCCUCGGUCUCUGGUUCCGGCCGGAGCCGACCACCACCCCAAAGUUCUGGGUCCAGGGUCCUGUGAUCUGAUCUACGUCUACGACCUGAACAGUAAAGAAGGACACCGAGGAGGCCUGAGGAUGGGGGAACGAGUGACGCUCAUCGUGGAUAACACCAGAUUUGUGGUGGAUCCGGCCAUUUUCACCGCUCAACCCAACACCAUGCUGGGCAGGAUGUUCGGUUCUGGACGGGAAAACAACUUCACUCGACCCAACGAGAAAGGAGAGUUCGAAGUGGCAGACGGCAUCAGUUCAACCGUCUUCAGAGCAAUUCUGGAUUACUACAAAUCGGGGAUAAUCCGCUGCCCUGACGGCGUUUCCAUUCCCGAGCUGAGGGAGGCAUGUGACUACCUCUGCAUCUCCUUCAACUACAGCACCAUCAAGUGCAGAGACCUGAGCGCCCUGAUGCAUGAGCUGUCCAACGACGGUGCCCGGCGUCAGUUCGAGUGCUACCUGGAGGAGAUGGUUCUGCCGCUGAUGGUGGCGAGCGCUCAGAGCGGCGAGCGGGAAUGUCACGUGGUGGUUCUGACCGACGACGACGUGGUGGACUGGGACGAAGAGUAUCCUCCUCAGAUGGGCGAGGAGUAUUCUCAGAUCAUCUACAGCACCAAACUUUACCGCUUCUUCAAAUACAUCGAGAACAGAGACGUGGCCAAAUCAGUGCUGAAGGACCGAGGCCUGAAGAAGAUCCGCCUGGGGAUAGAAGGAUACCCGACCUAUAAGGAGAAGGUGAAGCGCCGUCCCGGCGGCCGUCCUGAGGUCAUCUACAACUACGUCCAGCGUCCAUUCAUCCGGAUGUCCUGGGAGAAGGAGGAGGGGAAGAGUCGCCACGUUGACUUCCAGUGUGUCAAGUCCAAGUCAACGACCAACCUGGCAGCGGCCGCCGCCGACAUCCCCCAGGACCAGCUGGUGGUGAUGCAGCCACCGGGGCCUCAGGUGGACGAGCUGGACACUCUACCGCCACCACCGGGGGGCGUCGACCUUCACCAGCCAAUGCCGCCGCUCGGACCGGACAACAACCCGGGACCGCCGGCGGUCUAUGAGGCCCAGAACCAGCAGGACAACAGAGAACACAGUGUCGCCCAUGGCAACCAGCAGCAGCACACUCAGGCCACGUACCACUACGACCCCGACCCCGACACCCCAUCGCCCUCCGCAUGAAGCCCCGCCCACAGACUGUUAGCAUCCUACAUCUGAGGAGGAUCAGUUCUGGUUCCAGAUCAGUGUUUCUUUAAAUCCUCUCAGUUCAACACCUGACCCUCUUACCCCCAGAACCUCGCCAGAACCACCUCAGAACAUCUGGUUCUUCAUUUCCAGUAACUUAUUGAUUAGAGUUCUACCUUCAGACUGAAGAAUAUCUCCAGAGUUCCAGGUCCUUGAAGUCCAUAGAGGAGGGUCCAGAUUUAUCAAUUUCUAAUGGAAUUUUUCCAUAAUUUCUGAGCCUCAGAACUGGACCCACCUCUAUGGACUUUAAGGACCUGGAAUGUUCUGAGACAAAACUUAAUGGAAGCAGGAAAAGAGAACGUCUCCUGGAGAAAGUUCUAGAGUAGACCUACCGACACCUGGAGAAAGUUCUAGCGUAGACCUACCGACAACUGGAGAAAGUUCUAGCGUAGACCUACCGACAACUGGACAGUAGGUCUACUCUAGAACUUUCUUCUGAGGACGUUCUCCUCUAUGGACUUGAAGGACCUGGAACUCUGGAAAUAUUUCCAGUCUGAAGUAGAACUCUGAUCAUUGAUGAAUUUACUGGAGAUGAAGAACCAGAAGUUAAAGGUUCAGUUUGUUAGAAGUUCACUCUGAUGGCAACAACAGAAUUGUCACUGAGGAGAAAGAAUUUAAACUGACCUCGUGUUGCUCUCAGUGGGAACUUCUUCUCCAUCUUCUUCUGAAUCUUCUCCUCCUCGUGGCCACCACCACUUUGCCUUGUCAUUGCACGACAGCUGCAGCUGGUUCCUCAGCAUCCGGAUGAUCAGAAGAACAUUGUUGGUCCACAUUUGUUGUUUUCUGAAGGACUGGAGUCUCUGGAAGUUUCUGUUUUUCACGCUGUAGUUUUGAAAUCCUCCUCGUCUUGUUGGUUUCUUCUUGUUUUUACAGUUUGUUUGUCCUGACUGAGGACAGAAUCCACGUUGAACACGAUGUUUUUUAAUAAAAAAUUCACAACA